CCUCCUCCUCUCUCUAUCUCACUCACUUUCUCUCCCUCUCUCCCUCUCUCUCUCUCUCUCACUCUCACUUUCUCUCUCUCUCUCCCUCUCUCUCUCUCUCUCUCUGGCAGCGAGUUCUGUGCUGUUGGCAGGAGUGACCAGAAUAAAAACAGGAACAUCAGACGGCGAGGAGAAAAAAGUGAAAUGCUCCAUUGAGCUCAAAGCCUUCGCCCAUUCUUAAUUACGUAGCGUCCAGUAUCUUUUUUUUUUCUUCUUCUUCUUCUUCUUCUUUUUUUCUCCUUUCCAAGAAGACUUUAGUAGCGGUAAUUAGCCUUGAGGAGGAUAAAACCAGUGAUCUGGGAAAGAGCGGCGCAUUUAGGAGCGAGAUGGCUAACGGGCAGGUUCCGCACCUCCUUCGGGCUCUCCUCUUCUUGGUGCUGUCCGGUCCCUCUCUCCAAGGAGGUGUGUACGUCCCAGCCGGUGGAGGUGGAGUAGGUCCUGGAGGAGCUGGAGGAGGUCUAUACCCAGGAGCAGGCAGACCAUACAAACCAGCAAAACCUGGAGGUGGAUAUGUCCCAGGAGUAGGUACAGGUACAGGUCUGGUACCAGGUUACGGAGCAGGAGCUGGUGCAAAGCCUCCUAAGCCAGGUUAUGGGAACCUGGGGGCAGGUGCGGCAGGUGGGGGCUUGGGAGCAGGAGGCAGCCCUUUGGGUGGGUACUGGUAUGGGGGGCAUGGAGGGCUGGCCGGAGUCUAUCCUGGAGCGCAAGCAGGACUGAAACCUCAAAAGACAGGUGUUGGAGGUGGAGGAGGACUUCCUGGUGGCACAGCACCUGUCAUACCUCAGACUGGCCUGCCAGGGGGCGCUGGUGGAAAGGCUGCAAAAGCUGCAAAGCCUGGAAAGGCUGCAAAAUUACCAGGUGUGGGAAUACCAGGGCUGUACCAAGGCGGGCUCGUUCCUGGACAGGGAUAUGGUCAGCGAGGGGUUCUCCCUGGGGUUGCCACUGGAGCGGGACUCAAGCCAAAAUCUAUCGGAAGCGGAGGUCAGCUUGGUCUUGGUGGCCAUGGUGGACGUGGGUAUGGGGGACCUCUACAGCCUGGAGUAUUUUACGGAUAUCCCCUCAAAUCACCUAAAGCCCAAGGCGGUUACGGCUCACCUUACGGCGGUGGCAAACUCCCCUACGGCUACGGUGGCUUUGGAGGUGGAGCGGGACUUCCCGGAGGUGGAGCCGGACUUCCGGGAGGUGGAGCGGGGCUUCCGGGAGGUGGAGCUGGACUUCCGGGAGGUGGAGCUGGACUUCCGGGAGGUGGAGCGGGAGCUAAGCCAGGAUACCCUACAGGGACUGGUGUGGGAACACAAAUAUUAACGCCAGCUCAGGCCAAAGCCGCUAAAUAUGGUGCGGGUAGGGUGCCAGGUGCUGGGGUGUACCCAGGGGUCGUCCCCGGGGGUUUUUAUCCCGGAGGUGUGGCACCAGGUGUGGUUCCAGGUGUAGUUCCAGGUGUGGUUCCAGGUGUAGUUCCAGGUGUGGCUCCAGGUGUGGCGCCAGGAUAUCCAGGAGGGGCUAAAGCUUACAAAUAUGGUCCUGGUGGAGCGGGGUUGGUGCCCGGCACUGGAAUCGGAGGAGGGGGUGGUUACCCAGGUCUACCAGGAGGUGCUGGAGUGUUGCCAGGAUAUGGUACUGGAGUUAAACCUCCUAAAUAUGGUUUACCGGGCGGAGUUCCGGGCGGGGUCCCAGGUGGAGUUCCAGGUGGAGUUCCAGGUGGAGUUCCAGGUGGGGUUCCAGGCGGAGUACCAGGUGGGGUCCCAGGCGGCGUUCCUGGCGGAGUCCCAGGAAAAUUUCCAGGUGGAUUUCCAGGUGGAGUUCCAGGCGGAGUUCCAGGCGGGGUCCCAGGUGGAGUUCCCGGAGGCGUUCCAGGCGGAGUUCCGGGUGGCGUGCUCCCUUGGUACAGGGGUGGGGCCAAGCCUCCUAAAUAUGGGGUACCAGGGGCCACUGGAAUAGGCGGGGUGCCCGGAGCAGUGCCAGGAGCAGUCCCGGGGGGAUAUGGAUAUGGGGCAUAUGGAGCUGGUGCAAAACCUCCAAAAUAUGGUGCUACUGGGGUUGCUACAGGAGUGCAGCCUGGUGGACUGCCCAGCGGGGGAGUGGCUGGAGGUGUGGGAGGGGUCGGGACCGGCGGUGUAGGCUAUCCAGCUGGAGUUAAACCCCCCAAAUACGGAGUGCAGCCUGGCGGACUGCCCAUCGGGGGAGUGGCUGGAGGUGUGGGAGGGGUCGGGACCGGCGGUGUAGGCUAUCCAGCUGGAGUUAAACCCCCCAAAUACGGUGUGCCAGUGAGCACGGGGACGGUAGGUGGAGCCACAGCGACGGGAACAGGUGUUGGUGUAGUACCGGCUGGGACAGGGCAGCCCAUCCCCGCUGUGAAACCAGCAAAGGAUCCAAUACUGGCUCCUGGAGGGACUUUAGCACCAGCAGGAGCCAAUGCCUCUGUGGACGCGCUGCCUGUAACCAGUGCUACUGGGGUUGCUACAGGAGUGCAGCCUGGUGGGCUGCCCAGCGGGGGAGUGGCUGGAGGUGUGGGGGGGGUCGGGACCGGCGGUGUAGGCUAUCCAGCUGGAGUUAAACCCCCCAAAUACGGAGUGCAGCCUGGCGGUGUACAUCCUGGUGUUGGUGGCGUUCAGCCAAGUGUUGCUACAGGAGUCCAACCAGGAGGGGUCGGCCCUGCUGUUGGAUAUCCAUAUGCAGGCUAUGGACUUGCUACAGGAGUCCAACCAGGAGGGGUCGGCCCUGCUGUUGGAUAUCCAUAUGCAGGCUAUGGACUUCAGUAUUAUGGUGGUGGAGCCAAGCCCCCGAAACCUCCAGGAGCAGGGGGAGCUGGUGUUCUGCCUUCAACUGGAGGUACAAGAUAUCCAACUGGUGGUCUUGACUCCAAGAGGUAA